UUUCGUCCUUCGGGCCAUUUUUGGGAGCAAUUUGCAACCAUCUCAAAUAGUUCUUUUCGCGUCUGCUAUCAAUUGAGACACACCACUAUACUGACAAGAAUCCUCAUACUCAUCACUCGGCUGUCCUUUCACGCUAUCUCAAUCCCUUCGAGUCAGAGAUCGUCUUGGUGGCCGCCUACGGAAAUGAGUGUCAAGCGUACCCGUGACGAUCCUUCAAAUGGAGCAGCAGAACCAGACAAGAAGAAGCGAAAGGGGUUCUCUGUAGGGCCAGCCAACCUUCCAGACGGCACUUACAAACGAAAAACACAAAAAAUCAAGAAGGACCUCAUCCAGAAAGCUAAAGUCAAGAAGGCUUAUGCCAAAGUGAAGGCGCAGGAAGAGGCGGCCCAGCCUGUUUCAUCGUACUCGACGCCGGAUGACCAAACGCAGGAUGGUCCCGGUCUUGUGGAGCCUGCAAGUCUCGAUUUACAUCCAGAUAGGCAAGCUAUGGUCGAUGCAGCUGAGACACAAGCAUCACGAGAACCGAGGAAUUCAGGUGGAGAAGGACACCGAGAAUAUUCGAAAGAUCAGCGUAGACCAAAACAAUCAAGAUACAAGAAGGAAUUCGAAUUGGCCACACAGCACAAAGCUGCCCUGGAAGCGAGACAAAGAGGAAGAGAGGCCCGAGACAGGGAGCGUAAAGCAAUGGCGAAGGCAAAACGACCAGGAAAGGAUGGCAAGAUGAAGCUGGGCAGGCAAGGUACUGUUCUGCUGCAACGUGUACAAAGAUUGGCCGAAGAAGGGGGAAUAUGAUGCCAGAGGGCUGGCUCAAUCGAUGUGACCUGCCAGAACACGAAGCCCACGGAUGCAACCGAGAUACCCUUUGAUUAUGACGAUCUACAACGAGUCCAGGUGCACAACCACAGCAUUUCCAGACUGAUCGGCCUUCUGAGCAACGGCCAUCACUCAGGGUACUCAAUGAACAGUUGAUGGCUUCGGCAAUCCAUCGCAAAACCUGUUGUGGUUGAUCCGACAAAGGCACUGUUGUUUAU